UUGCGUUUCAUAUAGAGUGCUUUGAGUAAUUGUCGAGAAGAAGACUGCUGUUAUUCAUAGUUCCAGAUACUAAACAAAAUGGAAGGUGUAUUGGAGAUUAGUGAAUUAACUCACAUGCGAAUUAAAUUUAUGGUGAGUGGUAUUUCAUUAGCCAUUGCAAAUGGGUUGCGUCGGAUAAUGAUAUCAGAAGUGCCUACCAUUGCUAUAGAUUUGGUUGAAAUAGGUGAAAAUUCCACAAAUCUGUCGGAUGAGUUCAUUGCUCAUCGUAUGGGAUUAAUUCCAUUGUGCUCUGAUGGGGUCGUGGAUGUUAUGCUAUAUGCACGUGAUUGUGUUUGCACAGGAUUUUGCGCAGCAUGUAGCGUUGAAUUAAAUCUGGAUGUUAAAGGCAUAACAAGUGAAACACAAUUAAUAACAACUGGCAACCUUAAUUCUAAGCAUAAACUUGUAUGUCCAUCAAUUCAACGUCUCACUCCGGAUAAUUCGACUCCAAAGCCAAGUGAUGAAAUUGUUAUAGCAAAAAUUCGUGGAAAUCUAGGCCUCACAGUUCGUUGCAUAGCCAAAAAAGGUAUAGGAAAAGAGCAUUCAAAAUGGAGUCCAGUCUGUGGUGUUGGUUUCGAUUAUGAUCGCGAAAAUUUUUUGCGUCAUACAGUAUAUGAUACUCCAGCGGAUUGGCCAGAUGAUGAACCUUGGAAAAAUAUUGAAGAAGAUGAAGACAACCCACGCCCAGUAAUCGAUUAUACUUACAAGCCUAAUUUUUAUUUUGAUGUAGAGUCAACUGGUGCAAUGCUUCCUGAAAAUAUUGCUCUAAAAGCUGUUAGCAUUUUUAUUGAAAAAAUACGAGAGCUCGAUGCUGCUUUUCAUACUUAUUUCGAUAAUCCAUACUCAUCUUCUGCUACAGAAGGUGUUAUCCCAGAAAGUGUUACCACAGAAAGUGUUAGCACCCCAAAAUCUUUUACUAUUUUCACUGAUUAGUAAGAACUAAAGCAUCUAUCAUUCUCUUCAACGAAUGAUAUAGUGCAUUCUCUUCAAUUAUAUAGUGCUUGAUAC